AGGAUCAUAUUAAACCUCACCAGAUGAGACAAAAGCACCUUUCUUGCCUCCAGGGAGAAAGUGAAGAAAGAGACAAAGGUUCUACCAUCGAGAACUUUAUGACAAAUUUCUCAAACAUCUACGAGUCAGAGUUGCUUCCUGCUCAGAAUGGUGAAAAAUUCACAGAACAUUUCCUUCAUGAAGUAGUGGAUAUUCUUCUGAGCUACAUCAAAAAGACCUACGAUGGAAAGAGUAAAGUGCUGGAUUUCCAUCAUCCUCAUCAGCUUUUGGAAGGCCUGGAAGGCUUCAGCGUGGAGCUCUCUGAUCAGCCGCAGCCUUUGGAGCAAAUCCUCGUUGAUUGCAGGGAUACCUUAAAAUAUGGAGUUAAGACGGGACAUCCUCGUUAUUUUAACCAACUCUCUAGUGGCCUUGACAUUAUCGGACUUGCUGGGGAAUGGCUGACAGCUACCGCAAAUACCAACAUGUUUACAUAUGAAAUAGCUCCAGUAUUCAUUGUGAUGGAGGAGAGCCUGCUUAAAAAAAUGCAUGAAAUUAUUGGAUGGGGAGAGAGUGAAGCAGAUGGGGUAUUUUCUCCUGGAGGUAGCAUAUCAAACCUUUACAGUGUUUUAGUGGCCCGUUAUAAACGCUUCCCUGAGAUUAAAACCAAAGGCAUGGCAGCUCUUCCAGACAUUGCCCUGUUUGUUUCAGAACAUAGCCACUAUUCAAUACAGAAGGCUGCAGCAGUUCUUGGGAUUGGGACUGACAAUGUUGUCGCCGUCAAGUGUGACGCAAGGGGGAAGAUGAUACCAUCUGAGCUGGAGAGAGCCAUUCUAAAAGUCAAAAGACAGGGAAAAGUACCACUGUAUAUUAGUGCCACUGCUGGGACAACAGUAUAUGGAGCCUUUGACCCUCUUGCCAACAUUGCUGACAUCUGUGAGAAGUAUAACCUCUGGAUGCACGUGGAUGCAGCAUGGGGAGGUGGUUUGCUACUGUCAAGAAGGCAUUCUUAUAAACUGAGUGGCAUUGAAAGGGCUAACUCUGUCACCUGGAAUCCUCACAAACUGAUGGGCGUUCCACUGCAAUGUUCAGCAUUCUUGGUCCGGGAGAAGGGUCUUCUCCAGGCCUGUAACCAGCUGUGUGCCGGAUAUCUCUUCCAGCCGGACAAACAGUACGACAAGGCUUACGACACUGGGGACAAGACAAUCCAAUGUGGGAGGCACGUUGACGUUUUCAAACUUUGGUUAAUGUGGAGAGCGAAGGGCACGGAAGGAUUUGAGAUUCUUAUCAACAAAUUUCUGGAACUUGCAGAAUACCUUUAUAAGGAACUGAAGACAAGGAAAAACUAUGAGCUUGUAUUUGAUGGUGAGCCGGAACUCACCAAUGUGUGUUUCUGGUACAUUCCACCAAGUCUUCGACAGAUCCCAAAGGGACCAGAAAAAGAAAAAAGGCUACAUCAGAUUGCUCCAAAAAUAAAAGCAAGGAUGAUAGAAGAAGGUACCACAAUGGUUGGCUAUCAGCCUCAUGGAGACAAUGUGAACUUUUUCAGAAUGGUCUUCUCUAAUCCAGCAACCAAGAAAUCAGAUGUCGAUUUCCUCCUUGAAGAAAUUGAAAGACUUGGAAAAGAUUUGUGAUAGCAGACAUUUC